AUGCCUACUUUGUUAAGAAAUUUUCCUUCUCAAAAAAGGCUUGCAAUUCAUGAAAGAGCUAAACAUCGAAACAACAAAAUUAUACCUCAUUACCAUUUACUUAUUCAACCUCUUCUUGAGCAAAUCACAUUUUAUCAAGACGCAUUUAUAGUUUUUAUCAAAAAUUCUGUACAACAGAAGUAUUCUUGUUUAUUUCAAAAUAAAACUGAUAAACAUAGAUUAAAGCAGUUAGUUAAUUAUGAUCAUUGGAAUAUUUGGCAAGAUUCAAAAUUAAAAACAGUUGGUUAUGUUUUAUUUAUGGAUCAUGAUA